AUAUAUAUUUAUAAAAAAAAUGAACCAUAACCUAUUUUUUUAAUUAUUUUCCAGUCAUUUUUGAUAAUCUUACUUAAUACCUUACAUUCCGGUACUUUGUUAAUGAUUGGGGCUGGUAUUGGCGUUCAAUUCCCUUAAUAGGAUUAAGGUUAUGUGAUUCCGCCGUGCACAGUGCCUCGUUAACCUUCAUAUCUAGGCCGAUUUCUCUCUUCCGAAAAUUCCUUGAAUUGUUUAAACGAAAUAAAUAUUUAUAAUGGCUACCAAUAUAGCAUAUAAUAAUCAUUGUUCUAUAAAACCUAUAAUUUAUUACAACGGUAGAUUUCAUUUUGUUGAAGAGGAUAUCGCUACUAAAUUUCAUUUUGACACAGACUACGCUUUAUUUCAAAUAUAUAAUUUCAAGGGUACGAAACAUGAUAUUAUUGAAGCAAUUACACAAGUUGUAGGUCCAGUGGGUUCUGUGUCUUUCUUAAAUGAAUUUGAAAGGAGUUAUUCAAGAUGUUUGGAUAAUAGGAUAGAAUUAAGGACUGGUUCCUCUAUUGAAAUAAAUAAUUCUGAUAUGUUAAAGAUUAAAAUCAAGUUUAGUAAUAAACCACACUCUGUUGUUGUAGAAGGACUUCGAACUUCUGCUUCAAUAGCUUCAUUAACUUUAAAUGGUUUUGCAGAUUGGAUACCAUUAGAUAGCACAAGUUAUGAAUGUAUUUUACGUUCAUCAAAUAUGUCAAAUGAAAAUUUAUUUUUUAAAUCUGAAGCAAGACAUUAUACAAAACUGAGAGCGUUAAGUGAUCCUAUUGAUCCAGCAAUAUUAGAUGUAGUUAUAGAUGAUUUAUUAGAUGAUUUUGAAUCAGGAGCUUUCGAAAAAUUAUUUCCUGGUCCAAUUAUAAGUAUUGAUCGAAGCAUUAAUGGAAUGUUUAUGACUGUAGUGUUAACCCGUGCUCGUUAUAUAUUUGAUGAAGAUAUGGGAAAAUUAUUUAUUGAAGUUCUUAACUCUUUAAUUCAUGAUCGUAAAGUCGAAAAAAAGUUUGAUAAACUUAUAUAUGAUUCAUAUUUCUUAUUAUCGGUACGAAUAUUAAAUUUAAUACGUGAUUUGGUUCAUUUGAACGAAAUAUACGAAGAUUUUCAUUCACCUGGAGUAUGUCCAUUAUUUGCUGGUUCAAUAAAAUACAUGAAAGUCAAAUAUAUUGAAAGUCUUACAGAUUUAGAAAAAGCUUUAAUCGAUAUUGGAUUUGACAGAUUUGAAGAUCGUCUCCAAGAACUUACAAUGAUUGUCCGUGAGAUUGAUCGUAGUGUAGAAACAGCAUAUAUAAACUUACAAGAGGAUAUAGAAAAAUGGAAAAAACGCAAAAGCAUGGCCAAUUUUUCUUAUAUUUUAUCAGUUCUUAUAGCUAUCGCGUUACCAUCAAUAUAUCAUUAUUAUCGACAAACAGAAAAUGUUCCAUUUGGUCCCAUAACGACGGUAGUUGGAUGCAUAAUUGGAUUAGUAUGUGCAUUCUGGCAUGGAUGGGCGCGUAAUAGUUAUGGUAAAGCUAUUACAUCACAUAAGAAAGCCAUACCAAUUCAUUCAUCUACAGCAAAUAGUUUAGAAGCAUUACAAAGAUGGUUAAAUAGGCUUUCAAUUGUUAAGAGAUGUAAAAUUCCAAUGAAUAAUGAAGAACUUAAAGGCAGAAAAAUUUUAUUAUCCUAUCUUUUUGAUGAACUGGUUUCAUCAGCGGCUGAAAUGAGAUUAAGUAUUAGCUUAGAAGAUGAGCUUAGAAGAUAUAGAUAAAACAAUAUAUUUAUUUUCUCGUAAAUUUUUUAUGUAUUGUAUAAUGUAUAUUUAUUUUUAUAUUAUCAGUUAUAUAUAAAGAAAGAUAACAUAAUAAUUAUAAAAUCAAUAAAAUUAUCUG